AUGGCUAGCAGAGAUUCUAUUGGUGAAGAUGCGUCUUCUCUCAUCGGGAACACACCGAUGAUCUAUUUACGACGAGUCCUGGACCCGGAUUGCAAAGGAAAAGUCGGUAAGCAUAGUACAAUCUUCGUAUCUUCCGCUUCUCGACGAUGUUGUCUUGUUUACUAGGAAGCGAUUUAAUUGCUAAUACUUUUGAUUUUUUGGAGGCUUACCGCAGAUUUUUAUUUAAAUUACCGUUAAAAAUUCGAGGUUUUUGAAGGUUCAUUUUCCAAUUUUUCUAAACUUUCAGCCGUGAAACUAGAAUACCUGAACCCGGCAUGCUCGGUAAAGGAUCGAAUUGGUUAUUCGAUGAUAAAGGCGGCCGAAGAAGCCGGAAAGAUUCGGCCCGGAGUUACAACCUUAAUCGAACCGACAAGUGGAAAUACUGGUAUUGCAUUGGCGUUUAUUGCAGCCGUAAAAGGAUACAAAUUGAUCAUAACAAUCCCAUCUUCGAUGAGUUUAGAAAGGGUACGCUUAUUUGUUUUUAAUUUUGUUGGUCUCUAGAAAAAGGACGCCGUUCUAGAAGUACGAGCUUAUAAUUAUCUGAAAAUUUCGAUGAACUCGUAUUAUGGAUUCUUUUUUUAUAGCCAAUAUAUUUUUGGCAGUUCAUCCGUUGCUGUUUGAUCGCUUAUAGUAUACUUACAAUUUAUUUUUAGAGAACUCUCCUUCGAGCUUAUGGAGCUGAACUUGUUCUUACCGAACCUUCAAAAGGGAUGAGUGGGGCUAUUGAAAGAGCUCAGGAAUUGGCUAAGAACAUCUCAGAUUCAUAUGUUCUUCAACAAGUAAGCAGUUAGCUUAAUUUUUUUACGCAAAUCGGGUAUUAAUAAAAAUUUGAUUGAAAAAUUUUUGUUUUAGUUUGAAAAUCCUGCAAACCCUCAGAUUCAUUAUGAAAGCACUGGCCCAGAAAUCUGGAAGCAAACACAUGGAAAAGUGGAUAUCUGCGCGUUCGGAGUUGGCACUGGUGGCACAAUUACGGGAGCAGGUACCUUUCUGAAGGAAAAGAACCCAAAUUUAAAGGUAGCUUGAAACUCUGCGAUUGCUUUGAUGAUUAUUUCAUAUAGUUAAAAUCUGUAUUUAGCUUUACGCUGUGGAGCCCGAAGAGUCAGCGAUAUUGAGUGGAAUGGCUCCAGGACCUCAUAAAAUACAAGGUAGGCGCACAUAAGGUUACUUCAUUAUUACGAGAAGUGAUGACUACUUUAAAAAUUUUCCAGGCAUCGGGACCGGAUUUAUUCCCACUGUACUCGAUCAGAAUAUUGUGGAUGGCGUCAUCACCGUUCAUUCGGACGAGGCCAUUAUUAUGGCCAGAAGAUUGGCGUUGGAAGAAGGGCUUUUAUGCGGAAUUUCAAGUGGAGCGAAUGUCUGUGCUGCUAUCCGAUUGGCCAAAUUACCCGAGAAUGAAGGGAAACUGAUUGUUACAGUACUUCCAAGCUUCGGAGAACGAUACUUGUAAGCAUUUAUAAGCUAUUAAUAGUCUAUAUUGUUUUUUACAACAUAGUAUUUUACAUUUUGAGGUCGUCGGCCUUAUAUGCGAGUAUCCGCGAUGAAGCCAUUGGAAUGUCCGUAGAAUCCCUCGAUGAAAACCUCGCACGUUUAAAGCUACACGAAUUCCCUGAAGUUGCUUAA